AUGGGUGCAGAAACUAAAAGUUAUCUUCAAGAACACGCUAUACCGCAACUCUUUGAGAGUUUGAUAACCGGAUUGAUUUGCAACAAACCAGAAGAUCCGAUUGGAUUCCUGGAGAAUUCCCUCAAUAAAAUACGCCAAAAUCCAAGUUUCGAAUACAAAUGGGAUUCAUUUGUUAAUGAAGAAGUGCUUCGAGAAUAUAAUGAAUCAGUCAAGCUUGGCCUAAAAGCUGCACCAGCUGAAAAGCCUGAGAAAGCAAAGAAAAGCGUAAAAUCAAGGACUCGUACGCCAGGUGUUAAACAAGCUAAAAGAGUUAGCCAUAAUAGAUCAGCCGCUUCUUCUACUGUUGCUACCAGCAAUAAAUCUUCACUUCGACCAUCAUCCGUUAUGCAAGCUGCUGAAGUGGCAUCAAUACCGGAUGUACCAAUCAUUUUAUUUAUGGGCGGUCCAGGAGGUGGCAAAACACGACAUGCAGCUCGAGUGCAAGAAGCUUUACGUAAAUUUGGUCUUGUGCAUAUCUGCAUGCCCGAUAUGAUCCGUGGAGCAAUCUUGAAAUAUCAGAACACUGAUUUAGAAUGGAAGGAAGCAGCAGAACGAUAUCAACGAGGUGAAUUGAUACCAAAUAAUUUAGCGCUUGGACUUGUGAAGGCUGAAAUGAGUAAGCAUCAAAAUGCAAAAGCUUUCUUCCUUGAAGGUUUUCCACGUGAAGCACGUCAGGUUGAAAAUUUUGAACGCGAGG